AUGGACACAGGCACACCCACAGAAGGUGUCUGCUUCUGGUCAACACAUGUUCAAAAUAGAACAUUUCCUUGGACUUAUACCAAUGAAAAGGUACCUUUUGCUCUUGGGAAUUCAGAACCAGUAAAUAGUUUUGAAGGGCUGGUAAAAACAGAUUUUUCAAGCCUAGCAAGUCAAAACAACAUGACCUCUGAUCCCAAGAAUGGAAAUCUGAUCCUGUUACUCAGUGACUUUUACUAUGGACAACAUCGAGGAGAUGGGCAGCCAGAACAGAAGACUUACACAACCUUUAAAUGCGUCAGCUGCUUCAAAGUUCUAAAAAAUGUUAAAUUUAUGAAUCACAUGAAGCAUCAUUUGGAACUUGAGAAGCAGAGGAGUGACAGCUGGGAAAACCACACCACCUGCCAGCACUGCCACCGGCAGUUUCCCACUCCCUUCCAGCUGCAGUGUCACAUUGACAGUGUGCACACACUACCCGAGCCCUCUGCUGUCUGCAAAAUCUGUGAGUUGUCAUUCGAAACAGAUCAGCUUUCCUUACAACACAUGAAGGACAACCAUAAGCUGGGGGAGAUGCCCUAUGUGUGCCAGGUUUGCAAUUUCGUCAUCAGGUCAUCAGCAUUUGCUGAUGUGGAAACACAUUUUAGAACAUUCCAUGAAAACACCAACAAGUUGCUUUGUCUAUUUUGUCUCAAAAUUUUCAAAACUUCAAAGUCAUACAUGAAUCAUUGUUGGAGGCACUGGAGCAAGAAGAGUGCCUUUCCAUGUUCCAAGUGUUGGCUACAGUUUUCGAGUUUGAAGGAGGAAACAGAACACAAAACAAAGAGUCAUCAAAUAUUUAAAAAGCCAGAGCCCCUGGAAGGAUUGCCUCCUGAAGCAAAGGUUGUUGUUCAAACCUCAGUUCAUUCAACAAGAGGCAUAGCAUCCAUUGUUUUGAGCAACACUGACCCUUGCCUGUCACCUGUGAAAACUAAAAAGAGGAAGAACCCAGAGGACGUGCGCUCGGAGAGCCUCGCGGCCAAUCAGAUCGCAGCGCCUGCAGACGUGCGACGGACCGCCUCCCACCUAACAGCCAAUCACAGGCCGUCCUGGGCGCGCGGGCGGAGGCGGCGAUGGCUUUGCCGGCUCUGCAUGGCCGGGGCUGGGGAGGGGAUCGUAGCCUUGGGCUUUGCCCCUGGAAUGCUUUUAGGCCCAUGCUUCUCCGGUAGCACCGGGAUGCCACUGGCCGCGGGUAAGGACGGGGACAUGGCGCAGCUCGAGCGACCGAGGCCCGUUCAGUGCCGCGGCCUUCCGAAAGGGGUGUCUGUCUUGGCGGUGGCCGGCGGGUCCCACGCCUCCUCGCACGUCCCCUUCCCUACCUCCGACAUGCGACGCUGUGACCACCCCCGCUAA